AGUGUGGUGUAGAACAAAGAAAGUCUCCAUCGUUCGGAACGAUGGACAGGAACUUCUACUUUCUGUCUGUUACCUGUUGUACCUCCUCUGUUACGCAAGGCUAAGAGAGAAAAUACUGGAUCAAACGAAAAAACAAAAUGUUGAGCGUCUACCUUCUGUCCCUCUUCGCCGCCCAUGCGACGUGCUCGGUGUCGAUGGUGCUCUUAAAUAAAACCCUCGCCAUGGACUUCGACUAUCCGUGGACGGUGGUUUUCGUACAGAAUAUCGGGACCGUCUUCAUCGGCUUCAUCUGGCCGCUGAUCUUCGGAGACAGAAACAGCGACGCGAGUAAGGGCGACAUCGAAAACGCGGGCGGGGCGGAUAGCGCCGCGGGUAAGUAUAGAGCCCCAAAUUCACAAUGUGAUGCAGUAUCCGUGAUUCUUUGUCUUUCGCCCCAGCACAAGGGACAGUUGCGACUGCUCCGCCUCCGGUCACUUGGUGAUGUAGAUACGACCUACUGGACCACCUCGUCUUUGAAGAAAAAAAAAUGUACGAAUUUAGGUGGUCCUCGCAAGAUCUGUGGUCUGGCCGUGCCACGGAAGUUCAAGAACAAACUCUGGUCGCUGCUCCAGUGCUGCUUCUUCUGUCUGACGCUGUACUUCUCCCUGAAGGCGCUGCGGUUCAUGAGUGUGCCCUUGUACGUCGUGGCGAGGAAUACCGUCCCCGCGGCAACGGCAGUGGUGGAAUGGGUAUAGAUGAUGUUCCGGAUAUCUCAUGUACGUAUUGUGGUUCGUGGUUGUUACUGGAACCUGACGGCAUCUAUAUGAAGACAGUUCCUUAGUAGAGGUUCUACUGCUUUGUAAUAAAUGUGUAGCAGCAAGAGCAUCGCUAUCGUGCUAGCGAGGAUACCGAAGUUCGUUGUGUGUAUCAGCUGCCAUUAUAUCAUCUGUUGACCACCAAGCUGCAUGAAGGCAAAAAAGAAUUCCAAUUCAUCUACAGAGCUGCACCAACACAAAAAUCAACGCCCUGCCGAUUGUCGGCCUUUUCCUGACCAUCAUUGGCGCUGUACUCUAUUCCGUCGGGGAUUUUCUGUCCCAAAACGCGCUGGAUUUCGUCGGUUUGACAUACGUAUGCCUUGCAAAAGUAUCUUUGUACUAGUACAACUAGUAGAAAUUAUCGCAUGACGAAUUCCCUCAGCGUGAGAAAUUGAAUUUUUCAGGCGGGUUUGCCUUUGCCAUAAGAAAGGAAUUUGUAAUGUAUAAACGCAAUGAGUACGAGUAAGAUACUUUCGCAAUGCAUAUUACGCUGGCUUCCUGAUUUUCAUCGUCGCGACGUGUUCGGUGAUUGACAAAACGGCCGUGCUAUCCACUGCAAAUAUGUCUGGGUCUCGAAGAGUCGGGGCUUGUCAUGCACAUUUUGCAUGACCCGUGAGGUCUGUAAUGCUGGUGCUAGCUUCACAGAUUUUUUGAGAGCUUCUUGAUGCUAAUUAGUAAUUACGCAUGAUAAAUGACCUCUCCGUGUGCCACGAACUGACUCCUCUUGCUGCUCAUGCAACAGAGAUAUUUUCAGAAUCCGCAGGCAGCAUUACAAGUUCCACUCUUCCAGACCCAGACAUCAUUGCAGUUGAUACGUGCGUAUUCUGCGGGAGGAGGAAGAAAUCAAACCGCACGAAGUGGCGCAGAACCGUAUCGUGGAGAAAAUGCACCAUUGCUGUCAACGUCAACUUUGUCAUCCGGGAGACGCAACAAGAAUUGAUCCUUUUUUUCCGCAAUCUGGCAUGACAAAUUGAGGGUUUAUUUCGAAGUGAGGGUGCUUUUAUUCAGGAUAAGCCGCAGCUUCCUAUCUCUUCCGGUAAACAUCGUCCUCAUCUUGCUAUUCGAACUGUACAAGACAAACACCCCAAAAUCAAAAGCAGACGGCACAGCAGCUGGUGGACACAAAAACUUGCGGCAGCUCUUCGAGUUGGACCAGACUGGGUUUUUUGACGACGGUUUCUUGUCGUCGUUUGGGGAUAAUGAAUUCCGGCUCUCGUCCGACCUCUCUGCAGGCACAUCUCCAACUUCAUCUUCUAGUAUGAUGAGUGCACCAUCACAUUCACAACUUUUACCGACUGUGUUGGCGGGCGUGAGACAUCUUCUGCAGCAACCCGGAAGCAGUAGCGUAUCACUUCUGCAAAAACCUGACUUCACAGUCGAGGCUGAAUAUUGUCAAGUAAAUUAGUUCGUCGUUUUCACGUUACGCAUGAAUGAUUGAGACAUAUAUUCAUUAUCAUUUCCACGUGUUUCCGCAUGAAUGAUUCUGAAUCGGCUCAACUGUGAGUGUCAGUUUUGUCGAAGACCAUUUUUGUACGACGCAGCUGCACUAACAUCUUCCACGCAUCAAACCCUGCUCCUCAGUGGUGGACCAAUAACGUCUCCUACAGCUGGUCUCUCGACGUCGCUACAAGGUGGAAAUCUCGCAAGUUCAUCCAGUAGCUCCUCUUCACAGGCCGCACUGAUAUCAUCAAACACAGCCACACAGCAAGGGGGAACUACUACUAGCCUCACGCAGUUGCCAACGACGGCUUUUCUGCAAGAGCAGCAAUUUUCCUCAGCGCUGCAGGGCAGUUCAAGCUCAUCCCCAGACGGCGCUUCUGUACUUGUUCCCCCGCUGUUCCAGGCCUUUCAAAACGACAUGACGACGGUGCUCUGGACGUGUCUCUUUCUCUCCACGAUUUUCGGAUUUGGCAUGGGCACCUUCAACUUCUACCUGAACCAAGCCGUCAACGCCGCAACGGUCCAGGUGGCGAAUAUUCUGUACUAUGAACUGCAAAAGUAUCGUACUCGUAUAAACGCAUCACAAAUUUCCUCAGCAUGAAAGAGAAAAUUUGUAAUGCAGACUUGCCUUCGAAACAAGUUUUGUAAGAGCGCGGUAACAAUUAAAUCAACUAACUCGGAUCUCCGAGUUAGUGGUCCGGCCGUCCGAAUCCGGGCGGCCGGACGACUAACUCGGGAUUGUAAGUGGGAAAGUUUUUCUGUAUAGCGACGCCGGAGCCGACGACUUCGAUCAGAGGCGUGCUUUGAAAACGUCCUGGCAACAUAUGCAAUUCGUGCGGUUUUGUGCAUAAUUUUUGCGCUUUCAUUAAAAAACGCGCUUCCGUCGGAGUCGGACAGCAUGCAAAAUUGUUGUGCUUCAUAAAAAAUGUUAGCUUCACGGCAGGGAAUAUUUCGCCAUGACAAAACAGGCAUCGCCUGCGUUGCAAAGAAAGCGAAAACGUUGCCCCGGCGAUUUUCAAAAAAGACCCUAAGAGCACAAAUAGCAUGCACAAAAGCACAAAUCCGCAUAGGGAAUUCCGGCAGUCACCGACUGCGCGAGUUGCCUGCUAGCUAGUGGUCGCCACGAGUUACCCUUACCUGGCUAGGAAGCUCGUGCGUGGCGACCAGUCUCGGCCGCCCGCAAAGCUUUUGCAGUUACAGUCCCGAGCUAGUCGUCCGGCCGCCCGGAUUCGGACGGCCGGACGACUAACUCGGAGAUCCGAGUUAGUUGAUUUAAUUGUUACCGCGCUCUAAUGCAAGACUUGCAUUUGUACGAGUACGAUACUUUUGCACAGGAUAUGUACAAGUUGACGACCACAAUCCUGUCUCGGUUCUCGCACCCCACCCCGGUGGCGUUCUCAAGUUGGUGCGGGUUCGGACUUAUGGACUGCAAAAGUAUCGUGCUCGUAGUAAUUGCAGUCGUGCAGCGUCACAAAUCUUUUUCUUAGGGUAAAUCCGCAUUAGAAAUUUUAUCUCUCAUGCUGAGAAAAUUUGUGAUGCAUUUAUACGACUGGUACUUUUGCAAUUCAUAGGACUGAGCCUUGCCGGGAUCGCGUUGUACACGUUUGGGAACCAGUAUGACAGUGCACAACUACUCCCCCUGCUCCCCAUGAUUUGUCUAAGCAUGAAUGGCAAUACAAAUAUUAGGCCAGCGAGAUGAAUGCAGGUUUUGUAUGACAAAUUUGCGCAGGAUUGUAGCGCUAUUUGGGCUGGCAGAACUUGUCAUGCAAAAAGUGCUAUGAGGCACAGCCUGGAUUGGGCACUUUGCAUGACAAAUGAGCAGGGGGGGAGAGUUGUGCACUGUCAUAACCAGAUUCAGGACCACUUCUCGGCGAAGAAUGAAGCAUUCGAGCAGGAAUUUGGGUUGACGAACGAGGAGAUUGAGCUAGAGGACGUCGCGGUGGACGAGGAUGAGGACGACGAAGAUCAUCUCUAUCCAAUGCAAAAGAAUCGUAGUAGCAAUUGCAGUCAUGCAUUACGAAUCCCGUUCCCAAGGUAAAUCAGCAUGACAAAUUGUUCCAUUUGCCACGCUGAGCGAAUUUGUAUAUGCAGUUACUACCUAGCACGAUACUUUAACUUUUGCAAUUCAUAAUCUCCACGGCACCCCAAUAGCAGCAGGGGGUAAAAAUCAUGCUGGUGGACAAGGGCAGACGAUAGGCAGAAGCUCUGGAGGGAGGAAACAUAUGAAUUGCAAAUAUGUCUGGGUCUGGAAGAGCGGAACUUGUAAUGCUGUCUGCGGACUCUAAAAGUAUCUGUGUUGCAUGAUCAGCGAGAGGAGUCCCGUUCUUGGCACGCGGAGAGGGCAUUUCUCAUGCGCGAUAAGCAUCAAGAAGGUCUCAAAAAAUCUGUGAUGCUAGGACCUGCAUCACAGACCUCACGGGUCAUGCAAAAAAUGCAUGACAAAUCUCGCAAUCUCCCAGACCCAGACAUUUUUGCAUUUGAUAAAACAAGAUCCAGACCAGAAACCCAUUCUGGAAAGCAGCAGCAGUAGUCGGGCGGGCCAGCAUGUGAAGGCGAAAAUCGGGAAGGAAAAAUUUUUGGAAUAAUUAGAAGGAUUUCAAUCAAGAUGCUUUCGCCCUGCGCGGCGGAAAGACAAAGAUGAAGGAGGUAGAGAACCAAACAGAAAGUCUUCGACCAGUGUGGAAGUAUUUAUGACUAGGCACUCGUCUAGGUCGCACAGUAUGAUUAGUAAUUCGCACGAGUCGACGUCUACAU